AUGGCGGACGACCAGGAGUACAUCAACCUCAAGGUCAAGGCCCAGGACAACGAGGAGAUCCACUUCAAAAUCAAGAAGACCACCCAGUUCAAGAAGCUCAUGGAAACCUACUGCCAGCGCAACGGCCUCAGCAUGGCCAACGUCCGCUUCAUGUUCGACGGCGACCGCAUCCAGGAAACCCAGACCCCCAAGGAGCUCAGCCUCGAAAACAACGACGAAAUCGACGUCGCCAUCGAGCAGGUCGGGGGCUCCUUGUGA